AUGAACAAUGAAAGUGUUGCCCCUAAUGGCUUUCACACAGUGACCACAAAACAUUAUAAAAGAGACCCAUCACAUCGGAUUUUUGUAAACAGAAGCCUCCAUUUAGAAAAAAUCAGAUUUUUUGGUUUUGAUAUGGAUUAUACAUUAGCUGUUUAUAAGGCAGGGGAAUAUGAAGCCUUAGGUUUUAAUUUGUUACGAGAUAGAUUGUUAGAGAUUGGUUAUCCGUCUGCAAUAAAAGAAUUUGAAUAUGAUCCAUCUUUUCCAGUAAGAGGCUUAUGGUUUGACAAAUUGUAUGGAAAUUUAUUGAAAGUGGAUGCUUAUGGUAAUAUUUUAGUAUGUGCUCAUGGAUUUGAUUUUUUAAAACCACAUGAAAUAGCACAGUUAUAUCCUAAUAAAUUUGUACAGUUGGAUGAGAAUAGAUUAUUUGUAUUGAAUACUUUAUUUAAUUUACCAGAGACAUAUAUGUUAGCUUGUAUUAUUGAUUAUUUUAACUCCAGUAAACAAUAUAACAGAGAAAAACAAGGUAUUAAAAGCGGUAACCUGUAUUUCUCCUACAAGUCAAUCUUCCAAGAUGUUAGAGGGGCUGUGGAUCAUGUACAUUUAAAUGGUGCCUUGAAAAAUGAAACCACAAAAAAUUUAGAAAAAUAUGUGCAACGAGAUGAACGAUUACCUCUUCUAUUGGACAGAAUUCGACAUCAUGGUGGUAAAACACUAUUAAUUACAAAUAGUGAUUAUGAGUAUACAAAUAAAAUUAUGGCAUAUCUUGUCGACUUCCCAAGUGCUGAUGGUACUAAAAGAGAAUGGUCUACAUAUUUUGAUUAUAUUGUAGUAGAUGCCAAGAAACCAUUAUUUUUUACAGAUGGUACAAUUUUACGUCAGGUCGACAGAUCAACUGGUACAUUAAGAAUUGGCCACCAUUGUGGACCAUUGGAACCUGGACAGGUGUAUUCAGGAGGGUCAUGUGAUGCAUUAUCAGAAGUCAUUGGUGCUAAAGGUAAAGAUGUGUUAUAUGUUGGUGAUCAUAUUUUUGGUGAUAUUUUAAAGUCAAAGAAAACAAGAGGUUGGCGGACAUUUUUGGUGAUACCUGAAUUAUCUCGAGAGUUAAGAGUAUGGACAGAUAAACAUCAAUUAUAUAACUGCAUACAAUCAGAAGAAACCAAAUUAUCUAAUGUUUACAAAGAUUUAGACAGUAGUACCACCCAGAAACCAAAUAUCAGUUCCAUGAAAACCAGAUUAAGGGAUGUUACUCAUAAAUUAGAUAUGAGUUAUGGUUUAUUAGGAAGUUUAUUUAGAAGCGGGUCUCGUCAGACAUUUUUUGCCGCCCAAGUAAUGAGAUAUGCUGAUUUAUAUGCAGCCACAUUCCUGAAUCUGUUGCACUAUCCUUUCUGCUACUUAUUUAGGGCACCACCAAUGCUGAUGCCUCACGAAUCAACUGUUGAUCAUGAAACUGUUUAUAAUGAAACUGAUUUGGAAUCACAUUCACGUUGCCAAUCAGAUAAUGAGGAAGAGGAGUAUGAGUUAAGAACCAAGAGAAUUCGUAGAGAAAGUUCUUCAGAUAUUAAUCAUGUUCCACACUUACGGGCUAAUGUACCCAAAAAUGUUACUCAUGUUCAUGAUGAAGAUGGUGAUUCCAGUGACUCUGAACAAUCAACCACCAGUGCUCCAAGUGAAAAAUCUAUUUAA